AAAGUCCGAAUCUUUGCUCAGAGGAGAGAGAGAGAACACAUGGAGUGGUUGCUGUGCCGGUGCCGACGCCUCCCUUCCCUGCUGAGACGGCAGCCGCGGCUCGUCCUGCAACCCCCGGCCGGCCGGAGCUACUCCUCGACGCGGCUCAAUGUGCCCAAGAGUGGCGCCGAUGUGGCCCGUUCGGUCGGCGUCUGCUCCAUGAUGCGGCUCCCGGUGCAGGACAGCUCGCAGGGGCUGGACGCUGCCUUCGUCGGAGUUCCCCUGGACACAGGCACCUCCAACCGGCCCGGCGCCAGGUUUGGGCCCCGACAUAUCCGGGCAGAGUCGUGUUUAAUCCGGGCUUACAACGGGGCGACUAAGGCAGCCCCCUUCGAAUCCCUGAUGGUGGCCGACAUCGGAGACGUCAACAUCAACCUUUACGACCUGAAGCAGAGCUGCAAGAUGAUCAGGGAGGCCUUCCAGAAGAUCACAUCCACUGGCUGCAUACCCCUCACCUUGGGUGGCGAUCACACAAUAACAUACCCCAUACUUCAGGCACUGACAGAAAAACAUGGCCCAGUGGGACUGGUUCAUAUCGACGCUCAUGCUGACACCAGUGAUACUGUCCUCGGGUCGAAAAUAUGCCACGGGACGCCCUUCAGACGCUGCGUGGAAGAGGGGCUUCUCGACUGUAAGCGGGUCGUGCAGAUCGGCCUCCGCGGUUCCACGUACGAACCAGACGGUUACAUUUGGGGCAGAGAACAGGGUUUUCGGACAGUUACUGGACAUGAAUGUUGGCUGCGUUCCCUGGCUCCACUGAUGGUUGAGGUGAGGCAGCAAAUGGGGGAUGGCCCUGUGUACAUUAGCUUUGACAUCGAUGGCCUGGACCCAGCCUUCGCACCUGGGACCGGAACGCCGGAGAUCGCAGGUCUUCAUCCCAGUCAGGCCUUGGAGAUUAUCCAAGGGUGUCGGGGGAUGAGAAUAAUCGGCUGCGACUUGGUUGAGGUCGCGCCCUUAUAUGAUACUUCUGGUAAUACAGCUCUGACAGCCGCUAAUCUGCUCUUUGAGAUGCUGUGUGUUCUACCCAACGUUAAAUACUACUGAGAUUCAUACGUCGUUUGGGCCAAACUGGCGACAUUAGCUCACAAUAAUGACUGUACUGGUUGCAGCCAAAUCCAUUUGAUGGCUGCUCUGUACACUUUACUCUGUAUAGUACAAUUUUACAUGUAAUAAAGGAAUGUUGAACUUGC